UGUUGUGACUAUGUACAGUAUAGGUCUUGGUUUCAACCUGAUUGUCUACUCAAGGACUUUCAUUCUAGGCAUAUAGCAGAGAAUUGGCAAGGAAUUCCAUAUUUAACGUAGAAGGUCAUCAUGGGGCUGCUGACAGACCCCAAACAGAGACAGCGACUGGUGGCCAUCAUCUCCAAGUACAACCAGAAGCUGAGCAUCCUCCUGUACAUUGUGGGUCUGGCCUGGUUCUUCCUUCUUGCCUACCAGCCCCUCAAUGCCAGCACCUAUUUCUCUGAGAACGCUCUCCUACCUGGUCUUGUGGAGAAUGAGUUCUACAAUGAGGCAGAGCUCAGCAACUUCAAUAAACAGCUGAUGGAAGAGCUGAAGAAGGAUGACAAGACAACUCCUAAAGAUUGGGUCUAUGAGCAGUUCCAGAGUUUUGGUCUGGAUGUCUACUCACAGAACUUUUCCCUGAAAUACCCGUUUGGACAAGUUGAUAAAGAGAUCCCAGGGAGGAAUGUCUAUGCUAUCCUACGUGCUCGUCGCUCAUCUAGCACCGAGUCUGUUGUGAUAUCAGCACCUCUUCGUCCCUGGCUUGCGGAGGAUGAACAGACCAGCGGCGGCAUUGCCAUCAUGAUGGCAUUGGCAAGACACUUCAGAAACAAGCCCUACAUUGCCAAGGACAUCAUCUUUCUGAUGCCGGAGUAUGACGAAGUGGGAAUGCAGGCAUGGCUUGAUGGUUACCAUGGGACCACAUCAAAUUUUAUCUUCCCUGGCCGACUGCCUGGGCGUAGUGGUCAGAUUCAGGCCGCUCUGAACCUGGAGAUUCCCCCCGAGAAGACAGCCUAUCUCAACAUUAAACUGGAGGGCAUCAACGGGCAACUUCCAAACCUAGACUUUGUCAACCUCGUUGUCCGCCUCUGCCGAAAGGAAAGGGUCAAGGUCACUCUGAACAAGAUGGAUGAUUAUAUCUACGACCCCGAGACGUUUGAGGGCUACACCCAUGCUCUAAAGACCAUGUUGAACAUGAUGUGGUAUCAGGCGCCUGGCUCCCCUACAGGCAACCAUGGACUGUUCCACAGAUUCCACAUUGAGGCUCUGACCUUGAGUGGUGAACCUGAGAAGCGGGGAAGAAAUGUUGGACUGGACAAAUCAGGAAGGAUUGUUGAGGGUGUGUUCCGCAGUCUGAACAACCUCCUUGAACGCUUCCACCAGUCCUUCUUCUUCUACAUCCUGUCCGGCACGCAGAGAUACAUCUCUAUCGGUAUUUAUAUGCCUCCAUUUGCUCUCAUGGUGGCUGCUGGGCUGAUCAAGGCCCUAGCAUUGUGGAUUGGUGCCGACUCCUCUCAGAAGAAAACCGAGGAAGAUUCAGGAGCUGUUAAGGAUGAAGACAAGGAUGGAGAGAAGGAUGGAGACAAGGAUGAAGACAAGGAUGGAGAGAAGGAUGGAGACAAGGAUGAAGACAAGGAUGGAGAGAAGGAUGAAGACAAGGAUGGAGAGAAGAGUGGAGAAGAGAAAGCAGAGAAGAAAAAGGAAGGGCAGAAAGAUUCAGAGCAGAAGAGGAAGGAAAAGAGUGAGAAACUGGAGAAAGAAAAGAGGAAGUUGGAUGAAGAUGAGGAAGAAGACGAUGGAGACAUAGGCGAUGAAGCUGAAAUUCCCCAGCAGGUCGGACUCCGUAGCCUGCUUCCUGUUGCCUCCAUCUGUAUGCUGCUCGGCUUCCUGGCGUACUCCGGACCAAACGUCAUGUCUCAGUUCUCCACACCGUUCCGGCUCCGUGUGCAGGACUCCCUGAUGUUUGGUCUGCUGGCUCUCUUCUGUGCCUCUCUGCUGUAUCCCAGGAUGAUCAAGAAGAAGUACAACGAGUCUGACAAGUUCCAAGUGGACUGGCAGACCCUGAAGAGUGUCAGCCUCAUCCUGCUGUCCCUCAUCCUGUUUGCCAUCGCCCUCAUGAACAUCUCCCUCGCCUUCUUCCUCACCGCCACAAUGAUGCCUGUCUGCACAUUUGUCGUCCCCACAUCAAGCAGGAUUAUGACAUGGCUUCAGAAGCUGCUCCUGCUGCUAGUGUCACCCCGCAUCGUUCCUCUUCAUCAGCGCCAUCAUCUACACCAUUGUACUCGGGGACAAGUACAAUGGCUACCUGGACCUGCUGAUGUCGUCGUGGAUGUACGUGAAGCAGAGUGUGUUGAUGAGGCUGCUGGACCAGUGUUUCUUUGGAAGCUGGACCUACACAGUGAUGAGUCUUAUCAUCUUCCCCAGCUGGCUGAUGUUCUGGGGGGUGCCUCACUGCGAGCCCUAGGGGUGCAAGGAGUGUCUGUGUAGUCGUCGUUUAUUUAUGAGGGAGCAGGUCAAAAGUUGAAUGUCAAAUAAAAAUCUGAAUUCCUUUAGUUCAGGAGAGAAAGUUAGCAAGAGAUGUAGGUCUCAGAUGAUUUGGUGAAACCAUCAGCAUGGGUAAGGUGCUGACAAACAAAACACAUAAUUCUGGGAACCUACCAUUCAAACAGGGAUUCGACAGUGAUUCAAAUCCACAAUGAGGGUUUCUGGUCCUCUCAAGGGACAAUGAGUUACGGUUAAUGAAAUAACAGUUGUCGACAUGUCAUUUAAAGCUCUGUCAAACUAUUUUAAGGAACUUCAGGAAUCAAGGAUAUUAUUCUGCAUUGUACUUUUGAAACAUUCCCUGAAUUCAUCUAGAAUGAGUGUACAGGUAUGAUAAUUUCAUGAAUAUGAAUGUUACGAGUGAAAACUGCUGGAAUAUUGUUU